AUGAUUGUUGAAAGAGAACAGUUUUUCUCUGAAAAUGAUUUGAAAAGCACAAAUUAUUUCCCAAGCUAUAUUGUUGUUAGGAGACCAUUAAAUGCAGUGAGUGAGGAAGAUGGGGAAUGGCAAGGAUUUAUCAGAGAUCUGAAGAACACAAUAAGGACAACAGCUGUAAAAUCUAAAGCUGAUAUUAUUCAAAAUUAAAACUUGAAAAAUUAAGAGCUAGAUAAAGUCUGGGAUGAGAAAAUCAAUAUUUUGAAUAAAAAGCAUGAGGAAAGUAGCAAGUAAAUAGAUGGUCAAGUUAAAGGUCUUGACUCUAAGGUUGAUAGACUUGAUAAUAAAGUUCUCAAAAUUCAAGACGAUAUGGAAUUUAUAAAGAAUUCCUUAACUAAAAUACUUCAAAAUAGCAAAUAGCAGACAUCUAAAUUUUGA